AUGGGCACUGACAGCUUCUUCUGCUCCCAGGAGUGCUUCAAGCGGAGCUGGAGCUCCCAUAAGGUCAUCCACAAAACCAAGAGUAAUUUCCUCACCAAUCUAUUUCCUCCAAAGGUGGUUUCUGAACCAGAUCCAGCAACGGGCACCUACAACCCUUUCCCAACGUACCAAUUCACUGGAUCGCUCAGGCCGGUCUACCCUCUCUCCCCGCGAAGAACGGUUCCGGCGUCCAUCCCCCAUCCUGAUUACGCGCGCGAUGGCAUCCCACGAUCGGAACAGAAGUUCGUCGGCCGGCAUAAUAUUACCAUUCUCAAUGCGAAAGAACAGGAGGGAAUGAGGAAAGUCUGCAGGCUGGCAAGAGAGGUGUUGGAUAUUGCUGCCCGCGCAAUAAAACCGGGAGUGACGACAGAUUAUAUUGAUGAGAUCGUACACAAAGCCUGCAUAGAGCGAAAUCACCAUCCUGCUGACUGGAUCAAGGCGUACCCCUCACCGCUUAACUACAUGCAUUUCCCUAAAUCAGUUUGUACCUCGAUCAAUGAAACGAUCUGCCACGGAAUCCCCGACCAGCGGCCGCUCGAGGAUGGCGAUAUCAUCAACAUCGAUGUCACCUUAUAUCACGGCGGCUUUCAUGGCGACUUGAACGAGACAUACUAUGUGGGCGAUAAGGCUCGCGCCAAUCCCGAUGCUGUGCGGGUUGUCGAGACGGCUCGAGAAUGUCUGGACAAGGCGAUAGAGAUAGUCAAACCUGGCAUGCUCUUCCGGGAACCAGGCAACGUGAUUGAGAAGCAUGCCAAGAGCCGCAACUGCAGUGUCGUCAAGAGCUACUGUGGACACGGCAUCAACCAGCUGUUCCACACGGCGCCAAACAUUCCUCACUACGCAAAGAACAAGGCGGUUGGCACUGCGAAGCCGGGCAUGUGUUUCACCAUUGAGCCCAUGAUUAACCUCGGCACUCAUCGGGAUAAGACGUGGCCGGAUGACUGGACUAGUGUGACGGCGGAUGGAUCGCUCUCAGCCCAGUUUGAGCACACGCUUCUGGUGACUGAGGAUGGCGUCGAGGUGCUGACAGCUCGGCUGCCAGAUUCUCCUGGAGGGCCGGUCCCCAUGCCAACGACAGAAACUACCCAGCCAGCAGAAACGACGUCGGCAUGA